UCUGUUCACUCGUGUCACGUUCUCUUAUUUCAAAACUCAAUAUCAUGUCUGGUCGCGGUAAAGGAGGCAAAGUAAAGGGAAAGUCAAAGACCCGUUCAAGCCGUGCUGGACUCCAGUUCCCAGUUGGUCGUAUCCAUCGUAUGUUGCGUAAAGGAAACUACGCAGAACGUGUUGGUGCUGGUGCUCCAGUCUACCUCGCAGCUGUCAUGGAAUAUCUGGCCGCUGAAGUUCUCGAGUUGGCAGGCAACGCUGCUCGUGACAACAAGAAGACUCGUAUCAUCCCACGUCAUCUUCAAUUGGCCAUCCGUAACGACGAAGAGUUGAACAAACUUCUCUCAGGAGUCACCAUCGCUCAAGGUGGAGUCUUACCCAACAUCCAAGCUGUCUUGUUGCCCAAGAAAACCGAAAAAAGCAGCUCUUAAAUUGAACAUCAAUUCAAAUAAAAAACAAAACGGCCCUUUUCAGGGCCACCAAAUUUUUUAUAACGAACGUUACCUUCAAGUUUCUUCUCCAUGUGAUAAAUUGUCUACUCUUACAUUCACCUUUCAUAUUAAUAUUUUUACCAUUUGUGUCAAGUUAUCUUUGAUUUGAAAUUCAAUAUAAUUCACUGCAAGUUCAUUUGAAAUAUCACAGAUUACUUGAACCACAUUAAAAAUACCACAGCAGUCACUUGAUCACUCCCCAGAACCCAUCGUUAUCAUACAAUUAUUCUUGAUAAUAAAAUCUAUCUCCUUGUCUACAAUAUAUUUCUUGAGACUCAUUCUCUAGACCAA